AUCAUGAAAGCCUUCUAUAAUGAGACGUACAUCCAUCGCUACGGGACCCCCAUGUCUUCUUCCAUGCUCACUUCGCUGUGGUCGCUCUCUGUGGCCAUCUUCUCCGUCGGUGGAAUGUUUGGAUCUCUCUCUGUCGGAUUACUUGCAAACCGCUUUGGCAGGAGGAAUGCGAUGCUUCUGACCAACGUUGCGGCUCUGGUGGGAGGAGCGUUAAUGGCUCUUGCCAAGGUUGCUUGGUCCUUCGAGAUGGUUAUUAUUGGAAGAUUUAUUAUUGGACUUUACUCCGGAACCUGCACUGGUCUUGUACCCAUGUACAUUGGAGAGCUGUCACCCACUGCUUACCGAGGAGCUCUAGGGACCUUGAACCAGCUUGGCAUCGUAAUAGGAAUAUUAAUAGCACAGAUUUUUGGUCUGGAAGUGAUCCUGGGGUCGGUUACUUUCUGGCCUCUCUUGUUGGGGAUCACAGUUUUCCUGUCAAUCAUCCAGUGUGCACUGCUGCCGUUCUGUGUAGAAAGUCCCCGAUAUCUACUUAUUAUGAAGAACGAGCCAGAAAAGGCUGAGAUCAUCCUAAAGAGACUUCGAGGAACUGAGGAUGUGGCCUCUGACCUUGAAGAGAUGAAGGAAGAAGGUCGGCGCAUGGCUCAGGAGAAACCGGUGUCCUUCCUAGAACUGUUCCGCGCCAAACAGUUCCGGCAGCCUAUUUUUAUCGCCAUCGUUCUGCAGCUUUCCCAGCAGCUAUCUGGCAUCAAUGCAGUCUUUUACUAUUCUACAAGUAUCUUCAAGGAUGCAAAUGUCCCUAAUCCUAUCGGCGCAACUAUCGGCGCUGGUGUUGUAAAUGUUGUUUUCACGGUAGUAUCGCUCUUGAUCGUGGAACGUGCCGGGCGUCGGACUCUGCAUCUCACCGGUCUUGGUGGAAUGGCGGUGUUUGCACUCAUCAUGACAAUUGCCCUAAAACUAGAGAUGCAAGCUGAGGCAUGGCGGUAUGUCAGCAUCGUGGCCAUCUUCGGGUUUGUGGCUUUGUUUGAGAUCGGACCAGGACCCAUCCCUUGGUUCAUCGUUGCCGAGUUCUUCAGUCAAGGUCCUCGACCAGCAGCCAUGGCUGUGUCUUCAUGUUGCAACUGGACGGCAAACUUUCUAGUGGGCAUGUUGUUCCCCUAUGCAGCAGUAAGUUGGAGAGGUUCUAUGGGGGAAGGAGGUUUUGGGGCAAGAAGUGUAUGUACAACAGCUAAUGUGUGGGGGGUCCUGUUGCUUGUUUUGGAUUGUGGCCCAAUACAAAGUUACACCUCUGGUCCAGAGAAUCUCUUUAGUCCCUUUCAGACUCACCUGUCAUAUGCUACAAAAAAAAGAAAAAAAAA